AACUGUGACGCGAGGUCUCUGUCGAAGUGUUUUCUUCCUUCGCCGCCGCCGUGAAACGUUGCGAAAAAUCAAAUCUCCGCUAGAUUUGCUAAAUGUGUACUGUGGAAUCGUGUCUGUGCCGUUGUGAUUUUAAGUGCAAAACAUACCGGAAGUCGGAAGCAUCCAAAUAAACCCGAACAAUCAACGGAACAACCCGGCGGACAAGGCGAAUUAGAACCGGAAAAUUUUCCUCUCGAUAAGUGCUGCUGCCUGCAAGCCAAAAUGGGCGCGUAUCUGUCGGAACCACUGACGACAAAGGAUUCCAGCGAGGAGGCCAACGACUUCCUGGCGUGCGGUUCCAGCUCGAUGCAGGGCUGGCGAAUCAGCCAAGAGGACGCUCACAAUUGCAUCUUGAACUUCGACGACAAAACGUCGUUCUUCGCCGUUUACGACGGGCAUGGAGGGGCGGAGGUCGCUCAGUACUGCAGUUUACAUCUACCCAAAUUUCUUAAACAUCUGGCAUCAUAUAAAAACAAAGACUUUGAACAGGCGCUUAAGGAUGCCUUUUUGGGAUUCGAUGCCACUUUGUUGGACGAAAAAGUCAUUGAGGAGCUGAAGAGGCUCUCCGACAAAACCAACGGUGAGGAAGCAAUCGAAGAGGACGAUGAGGAAGAGGAAGAUGACAAUGUGGAUGAUCUGUGCAAGGAGGCAUGCAUGCCAUUGAACGAGGUCUUGCAGAUGUACAAGAAGGAUAAGAAGAAUCCUGCACUUGCCAAGGUUAAAGAAGGAAACUGCUCGAAGCCACUGUCGCCGUAUUUAAAGGGCAAGCGAAAGGGUAUUGCGGAAGGGGAUGAACCUGGUCCCAGCUCGAGCAGUACGGGAUCUUCAGCUGAAGCAGCUGCUUCUAAAGACAAGAAGCCAGCUGGUUCGGAUGCAGCUGAUUCAACCGUGAGUAGCUCGAGCAACAAAACCGAAGAAGCUGCUCAGAAGCCCGAAUCUUCGACGGUAGAUAAGAAGGCCGAGCAAAGUGACGAAAUAAGCGACACUGAUGGAGUCAUCGCCAAAAAGACGAAAAAAGAAGAAUGUGCGCCUGAUAGUUCUUCCGCUGCGCCUACCGUCAAUGGCGAAGUAGGUGAGUCGGCCAGCAAAUCUGCAGUUUCGUCCUCUUCUGUGUCGGCACAGGAGAACGGAGAAGUCUCGAGCAAUACGGCCGCUGGUAGCAGCAGCAGCAGCAACAGUAAGAACAUGCCGGAUCUACCCGCUGGAGGAUCGUCAUCGAGCGGCAAGAGCAGCGCAGGCGUUGAUAGUUCAUCAGCCGGAUCUUCCUCGUCGGCUUCUGCAGCGGCUGCCGGUGGCUCGAAGAAAAGGAAAGCCAAGAACGGAGCAGCGAAUGUCGUCCAGGAUGAUUCGGAUGACGACGAUUCGGAAACGGACGAAGAGUUCCCUCCGGUCCAGGAUUCAAACGAAAAUUCCAGCACAGAGGAUGGGGAGGAGGAUCCCUAUGGCGAGGAAGAAAGUGAAGAAGAAGACGAAGAGGAAGGUGAAGGCGAGUACGAUGAAGAAGAGGAAGAUUACAUGAAUGAAGAGGACGAAGCAUUCAUGAACAACAUCACAGACGAGCCUGGCAAGGACAGUGGCUGCACGGCUGUCGUUGCAUUGCUCCACGAUAAGGAACUGUUCGUAGCUAAUGCUGGUGAUUCGCGCUGCGUUGUGUGCCGCAAUGGAAAGGCAUUGGAAAUGAGCAUCGAUCACAAACCGGAGGAUCAAGUCGAGUUCGAGAGGAUACAGAAAGCUGGCGGUCGGGUGACGCUGGAUGGCCGCGUCAAUGGUGGACUCAACUUGUCCCGGGCUAUUGGCGACCAUGGCUACAAAAUGAACAAGAAGGUGCGACCGGAAGAGCAAAUGAUUUCCGCUUUACCGGAUAUUAAGAAAAUCACCAUCGAACCAGAGGAUGAAUUUAUGGUUUUGGCUUGCGACGGAAUCUGGAACUUCAUGACCAGCGAUGAUGUGGUGGAGUUCGUACAGGAUCGCAUUGCGGAUCCCACCAAAAAACUGACAGAUAUCUGUGAAGAGAUGUUCGAUUAUUGUCUGGCGCCGCACACCAAAGGUGAUGGCACCGGUUGCGAUAACAUGACUGCAAUCAUCGUUCAAUUCAAGCCAAACUUCACUGGUGCGGCAUCGAGGAAGCGUGCCUGCUCACCAGAACCACAAACCGACUGCAAGAAGGCCAAAACCGAAUCCACGGCGAGCAACGGCGACAAAUGCGAAACAACAAGCAACAAUGAUGAGAAAGAGGCCGCCGCUGCCGUAGCGUCGAUUGAAUCCUCCACCAGCUCGGCCGUUAUGGAUACCGAUGAAAACAUUGCGUCCUCUUCGACGUGAAUCCUCGGUUGAACAUUUUUCAAGUCCUAACAAUGUCCCCGUAAGCGCAUUCAUCUAUCCACCUGUCCGAACCGCAGUAAGUACAUUUGCCUACUUUUGUAAGGUACUCUCUCAUAGCAGCCUCCACCAGCUAGGAACCAAGAAAUCGAACUCAGCAAAUGAUGAUAAACCAGUUCAUGUAUAGGAACAACAACCAUUUCCUGUCCUUCCCACAUCCUACUCAUACACUCGCUCACUAUGAGCCAGAUUUUAAAAUGUUGACCCACAUUAACCAACACCCAUAAAUAUGUAAGGCAAAAGAUGAUGAAUCUAGAUUAUGAUGAGUAAUAGUGGUAGCCAAAAACACAUUCACACUUAACGACACUAUUGCGUAUGUUCAGUAUUUAGUAGUAGCCGUUGCAAACAAUGUCCAAACUCUACUGUAAGGACUACCGUGGAACCAGUUUGUAGAGCAUUCUAGAACACUUCAAAACAGUAGUUUUUCCCACGUAGUACCUCGAAAGUUUUGAUUUUUAAGAAAUUGCGCUGAAUUAUUGAUCAGUGUUACAGAUUGCGUAUCCCAAAUAUUGUAGAUCUUACAGACUCUUAACGAAAAAUACGUUAAAAUCGUGCUGAAUAAAAUUUUAUGCAAUUCUCCAAACGUAAUAAGGAUAUUGAUCUGUUUUUGCCCACCCUAAUUUCUUUGCCGAUUAAUACUAAUCUAGCAGAAUCGGCUGAAUUGUUAAGCAAUUUCAAUUGACAAAAAACAUUGGCAAUAUUUUAUCAAAAGUCAGCAAUUUGUUUUUUCUUGAAUUGCUGGGAGAAAAUCCGCAAGAAAUAGGGUAAAAACUACAAUAUCUGACCGAAACAUAAAUGUCUGUAUUGAAACUUACCUGCAGCAUGACGCCAUGAACAAAACAAAAUAAAAAGCUUUUCAUCUCUAAUGUAAAUAUAAUUCGAAGCUGCAUUAGCUCACGCAUAUGAUCGAUGAUGAUAAUUUUUAUGCGUUAGGGCAAAACAAUCAACUGUGGCUCUCAUACUCGAUCGCAAUUCACAGAUAUA